CGGAAUCGACUGCGGUGCUGAAUAUUGUAAAUUGUAAUAUUUUGUGAUUAUAUUGCAAAAUUUUGCUAAUUCAUCAAGACAUGUGUGAAACUCAUUAUUAUUUUGUGGGACUUCAUUAAUAACUUCCACAAUGGCUGAUUCCCAAGUAGCGAAUAUUGUAAACGAAAUUUUAGGUUUUAAUUUCCAGCGUGUGGAGACAGUAGAGGAAGCAUUUAGUUGUUUCUUAGUGCAUAAACCGGAGCAAGAGAAUGAAAGGUUAUCGAUGUAUCAAAAGAAGCUAUGCGCCGUGUUGACUACAACCAGUGCAGAAGUACAGGAGUCUGUGAUUCGGCAGUACCUAACUCUGACCGCUGUACUCACCAACAGAUAUAAACUGAAACAACUACUAAGCCUUUUAGAAAAUCUAGUAAACACUAACAUCAUACAAGCAAGAAUGCUAUGUGACUGUAUGCUAACAAGUGAGAAGCUUGUAUAUAAAAAUAGUGACUAUUGGAUCGAAAGUUUUAAUUUAAUUAGAAGAAUUAUUGGUGGUGUGGACUACAAAGGUGUCAGAGAAAUAAUGAAGGGCUGCAGAGAAAAGGCACAAACACUGCCUGUAAGAUUAAACUCAAGCACUUUGCCACAAAUGAAGGCGCUCUACAAUGUGAUUGAAUAUAUUUUUGACCGCAAUGCUUCCCUUCUGCCAGCAUAUUUUAUUGUCACAGAGAUUCAAAAGGCUUAUCCAGAUAAUAAUCAUUGGCCACAUUGGAAACUGGCGAAGCUGCUAACAACAUUCGUAGAAAGUUUCAAACCUUGCGCACAAAUGGUAUCUAUAAUAGGCCACUCGCAAAUGCUUCCAGUAGUGGAAUUCUCAGGAUACGCUGAUCACCUGGUUAACCCGUGGCGAUUGGAUCCGACCACCUUAAAAUUUUCACUUAAAGGGAACUUGCCCUACGAUGAAGAGCUGCUAAAGCCACAGAUUGCAUUACUUAGGCACGUGUUACAGCAACCUUAUUCAAGGGACAUGAUGUGCUCAAUGUUAGGCCUUCAAAAACAACAUAAGCAGAGGUGCAUUGCCUUAGAAGAUCAGCUAGUCGAAUUAAUGAUUUUACCGAUGGAGAGGAGCGAACAAGAAAAUGAAGAUGAUGAAAUGUCAUCAACUCAUUGGUGUUGGUUACACUUAUCAUCGCAAGUUAUAUAUCUAAUACUCAUAGGAUUUGCGUCAUUCCCCAAUAUUGUAAUGGGACUUCAUAACAAGUUAAUCGGGCAUGAUUUGAAAAAAGGUCGGGACCAUCUAAUGUGGGUUCUGCUACAGUUUAUUUCGGGGAGCAUCCAAAGAAACCCGCUUUCCAACUUUUUGCCAAUAAUCAAACUUUACGAGCUGUUGUAUCCAGAAAAAGAGCCUCUACCAGUACCUGACUGUGCUCGAGCGCAUUGCACCCAUCAAAUGGCUGUUGUGUGCAUUUGGAUGCAUUUGCUGAAGAAAGCUGAAUCUGAACUUAAAACCAUGACGUUGCCACAAAAUCUUAAAGUACAAUAUGAAUACCUCCAGCAUCUUAUGACAUCCAACAACACACCAACGAUAAUGGGAUCAGACUAUCGCAUAGCUCUACUAUGCAAUGCUUAUUCCACCAAUCAGGAGUAUUACUCUCGACCAAUGGGCAUAAUCAUAGAAUCAUUAUUCGGCAGCCAAAAGGCUAUGCCGAAUGGAAACCCAGCAACGCCUUUACCAACAGUGCCGUUGUCAAUGUGUAUAUUAGACAGUUUGACGUUGCAUUGCAAGAUGUCUUUGAUACAUUCGAUUGUGUCCCACGUGGCGAAACUGGCACAAAACAAGACAAAUAUACCCGGCAGUAGUAUGAUGGCGCCAGCUCUUGUAGAAACAUAUAGUCGACUGCUUGUGUACACGGAGAUUGAGUCUUUGGGUAUCAAAGGAUUUAUAAAUCAACUGCUACCGAAUGUGUUCAAGUCUCACGCUUGGGGAAUCUUCCACAACCUUCUAGACAUGUUCUCAUACCGGAUCCACCACAUACAGCCCCACUACAGGGUGACGCUGCUUUCUAACAUACAUUCGCUCGCCGCUUGCCCACAACCGAACCAAACGCAGUUGCAAUCAUGUUUUGAAAGUACUGCAUUACGUCUAAUCACCAGUUUGGACAGUUCUGGCGUGCAGUUGCAAAUGUCUCGAGUCUUCUCCGAGCCUAAAUCUCUCGUCUCCAGUGAGAGUGAAGAGCUCAACCGAGUGCUCGUGCUCACUCUGGCUAGAGGGAUUUGUAUGACAGGAGCCGGUAACGACGGUGCCGCGGUGAAGGAGCUGCUCACAACAAUCAUGACCAACACGCCGCAUUUGUGGUCACAACACACUCUACAGUGCUUCCCACCCGUGCUCGUGGAGUUUUUCUCUCAGAAUCCAGCGCCAAAAGAGAACAAACAGUUACUCAAGAAAUCCGUUGAGGAGGAGUACAGGAAAUGGACGUCAAUGGCGAAUGACAACGACAUCAUAUCGCACUUCUCGGUGCCCGGCACGCCGCUGUUUCUCUGUCUCCUAUGGAAAAUGAUCUUCGAAACCAACAGGAUCAACCCUAUCGCUUUCAAAAUCCUGGAGCGAAUCGGCGCUCGGGCUCUUUCAGCGCACCUUCGUAAGUUCUGCGACUACCUCGUGUUCGAGGUGACGAACCCCGCGGGCGGGCCGCACAUCAACAAGUGCGUGGACGCGAUUAACGACAUCAUAUGGAAGUACAACAUCGUCACCAUUGAUAGACUCGUUUUGUGCCUCGUCCUGCGUCCUAACCCUGAUGGGAACGAGAGCCAAGUAUGCCUGUACAUCAUUCAGUUGCUGCUACUGAAGGGCUCCGAGUUGAGAAAUCGUGCGCAAGACUUCGUCAAGGAAAAUUCGCCGGAGCAUUGGAAGCAGAAUAAUUGGUACGAAAGACACUCAGCGUUCCACAGGAAAUAUCCAGAGAAAUUCGCGCCAGAGGAGACGAGCGGCGCAUACGGCGGGCCGAUACCGGUGUACUUGAGCAACGUGUGCCUGCGCUUCAUCCCGGUGAUGGACAUCGUGGUGCACAGGUAUCUCGAGAUACCGCAAGUGAGCAAGAACUUGGAACAACUCUUGGAACAUUUGGGCUACUUGUACAAAUUUCAUGAUCGUCCAGUUACAUUCCUAUACAACACUCUCCACUACUAUGAGUCUAAGCUCCGGGACAAACCGCUCUUGAAACGCAAACUCGUGAAUGCAGUGCUUGGUUCCUUGAAGGACGUCCGCCCCGCCGGUUGGGCCACGACUGAAGCGUUCCAAGGCUACUUGUCGAGUAACGAAGUAGAGGCCACCACGUGGACACCGGACCUCAAUUACUACUUGAGUUUGGUUAACCGUAUGGUUGAUACUAUGAAUGGCAACUCACCAUUCCUGACCACAGAUUGGAGGUUCAACGAAUACCCGAACCCGUCCGCUCAUUGCCUAUAUGUGACAUGUGUAGAACUGAUGUCCCUACCAGUUUUGCCGAACAUCGUCGCGAACAGCCUUCUCGACGUCGUAGCCAAAGGCUUCGUCGUCAUCCCAGCGACGAAAAUCCAAUUCUGGAUCAACACAAUUGGGAUAAUCAUGGCAGCACUACCCGAUCCAUACUGGACCGUCAUCCACGAUCGUAUUUUCGAGCUAAUAUCGAGCACCGAAAUGAUCGAAUGGUCGUACCCAUAUACGCCGUUCCAGUUGUUUAACUUGAGUAUUACGAAUGACGCAAUGCUGGAGAAUAAAUACAGUUUGACGUUGGCCCUGGCGCAUGCGGUUUGGUACCACGCGGGCGCUGGACAAAUCAUGCAGAUUCCGACGUUCGUCAAAGAGAAGCUCUCCCCAGAAAUACGCACAGAAGUCCAGCUGAUCUUCUUGUGCCACCUCGUAGGCCCGUACCUGCAGCGGUUCAACUCGGACAUUUCGCGGGCUGUGAUGGACAUCACUAAAACACUGUACGACUUGCUGGCCCACAUUGAUAAAACACAACCUCAUUUGCAGUAUAUUGACCCAGUCUGCGAUUUGCUAUAUCACAUUAAAUACAUGUUCGUUGGAGACACAAUGAAGAAUGAAGUAGAAGGCGUGAUACGCAAACUGCGUCCCGCCUUGCAAAUGCGUCUACGCUUCAUCACGCAUCUAAACGUCGAGCAAAUCAUAACUGCCUAGCAGAGCGACUACUACAGCUAUACGCCUUCAAGCUCAAGUUCGAGCUCUGAGUGACGACUUGCUGUAGUCCAAAGCGGAGUGGAGUGUAAUGAAGUGUUUUAGCAACAAGUUUUAUAAAUCGAAGAAAUCAAUGUUACCUAAGAGAAAUAUUAUUUCAGCAUAAUUUCAAAUUUUGAGCGAUGGCUUGCUGUAGUACAAAGCGGAGUCGAAUGGAAUGAAGUGUAAUAAACCACAAAAGUAUUUAAAAGUCGAAGAAGUCAAUGUCUAGCAGAAAUAUUAUUCCAGCUGAAGUUCAAACUCCAAGUGAUGGCUGGCAAGUCCAAAGUGGAGUAGUAUGAAGUAUAUUAGCAGCAAAAGUAUUUAAAUGUCCAAGAAGUCAACAUCACCUAGCACAACUAUUAUAUUAUUAAGUUCAAACUCCGAGUGAUGGCUUGAUGUAGUCGAAAGUAAGACUAGGAUGAAGUGUAUUAGAAGCAAAAGUAUUCAAAAGUCGAAGAAACUAACAUCACUGGCAGAACAUUUACUCUGCUUGAGUAUGUAGGGCAUUAUUAGUUCUAGCUUUUUAUUGAAAUCUUAUAUAUAAAAAUUAAUGUCUGUCUGUAUAUUUGUUCGUUACUUAUGCCUUUCUUUGUUGAUACUUUUGUGAAGGUUCCUUACAUAGUACCAUCAAUGUACAUUGGUCUAAAUCUCAUUCCAACACAUGCCUGUCAUUAGCUAGUAUUGAAUAUUUUGUGUUGUCACUUAAGCUUUAGUAAAUAUUUAUACUCUUUUAAUAAUGUUAAACUUAAGAAUAAUUAAUAAAUAACUAAAAUUGUCUUAAGAUUAGUACAAAAUUAUUCAAAUAUUAUCCAUAUAUAUUCGCCAAAAGCCGAAUACUGUGUCAAUGAUUUAUCAAAAGCAAUAAAUAUUACUAAUAUAUAAUAUAUGUGAUGUGCAAAAAUUAUUGUCUAUUGACAGGAAUUUUAUUUUGAUAUGAAAUAAACCAACAGAUAUGUGAUUGAGUGUUUGUAUCAAGUGUGCAUAGGUAGUGAAGGAAAUAGUGAAAUAUAUUUUUUGAUAAAUAUAAGUAGGAAUUGUUUAGAAUCUAGAUAGCCACAAACGGUCGCUUGAUUUUGAAAAUGUAUACGAUCACAAGUGAAGUUGUUUCAUUAAAAAUUAAACCUUAAUAGUUUACGUUAAGAAACAAAUUUCAAUAGCUAAUAUAAAGACUUGUGGCUGGAUAAUUUUUUAAUAUAGAACGACUGCUCGUGGCCGUUCGAUAAUGGAAAAAUAGUCACUUCCAGUAAUAAGUAUUGUACUCAGUGAAAAAUGUAGUUGCAAGUUGUAACUAACCAAUAUGUCAGUCUUUGCGAUGCAAUAUUUCAAUUGUGUAAUACACUUAUUCAUUAACUUAUUCAUUAUAAGUUACAAAAUGGUUGUAGAUACCUAAUCACUGUAAAUAAUAUUUUACUUUAUUCAAAGAUGAAUUACUGUUAGUUAACUUUUUUUAUAUAUUAAUGUAUAAAACAUAUUAUAUAACAUGUACAUAGGGCCCGGCGUAUAACUACGGAGUGUAGUCGAUCUGAGGGACAGCGUUUUAUUGUCAGCUUUAUUUACUUUCAUGAAAACUAAACAAGGAGAUGACUCACAACCGCUGUGCUUAGACCAUGGAUACACCUCAAAGUUUUACUCACAUACAACUUAACUUACAUGAUUAACUUACGAAAAGUUUAUUAAUUUAAACACUCAUAAGUACAUAUUUACAUGAAUAAAGUUGUCAAUUAAUUGCAUAUGUUACUUACAUGAUUAAAAUUUACAGGAGUAAUCGCAGCCCAAAGUAAAUAAAAUUUCAUUUGAGUGGUCAUAAAAUAAACGCUGCGGCUCAAUUCCACUCCAGUCUGAAGAUGAAAUCUAUAGAGCGCAUUUUGACUUUGCUUAGACUCAAGUUUCAGUUUAAACGAGACAGACUUAUGCCAGCGGUAUAGCGCUGUCUCGUUUUAACAGUAUCUUAAGUCUGAGCAAAGUCAUACUAUAGAUCUCAGCCUGAAUAUGUGCGUUGUGUCUUAUUCAAGUCUUGAACUUUUGCAGAUUGAAUACUGUCUCGUCAUUGUGCCUUAAAGACACGUAAUCAUAUACUAUUAAUAUGUUUUAUUAUAUAAUUAAUAUAAAACACAUUUAUAUGUAUGUUGUAGACUUUGAAACCAUUCAACCAUUGAAGAUGGUUUCAGACCACUAAAACAAUGCAUUAGGCACAUUCUUUUUUAGUCUAGUAGCACACGCCGGUUAUCUGCUAGUAUAUCAGAAUAGCAUAAUAAAUCGGUAUAUUGUACAUUUAACUUUUCAACUAUUCAGUUGUAAUUUAAUAGGCAUGCGUUUUUAAUGAAAUUACUGGGAUUUUUUUUCUUUACAUUUUACAACUUCCCAUAGCUAAUAUUUAUUUGAAUAAUCUAUUUUAAACAUAUAUUGUACAGGUCUAGUAAAAAGAAAUCCAUGAAAUAUAGAAAUUAAGCAUACAUUCGUUUUAAAUAUAUGCUACCUUUUAUACAUUGGUCUAAGGAAGAUUAUUUAAGCAUAUCAUUAAGGCAUGUAGUCAUCCGAUAAUAGAAUCAAAUGCAAUAAUUGUUAACUACGCAUCACAAAUCUCAUAUUACGAGUAUAAUUAUAUUAUUGAUGAUAUGAUAGGUAUAGAUUAUAAGUGUUAAUUUUGUGGAUAUCAAUUCUAGCUGUAGAUGUAAAACCAUAGAUGUAUAAUAAUACUAUUAACAUAGUAAGCUAGAUAUUUCUCGAGGAGAUUCAUUCUGAGGAGAGAGCUGUUUUCAGUAGUGGGCCAGCAAUGGGUUGGUCAUGAUGACUUCGUUGACAUUCGCAUAUCGUAAUUUUGGAAGCAACUUGAUUAUUAUAUUGUAGAUGACAGGUAUGUACCACGAUUAAUUUGCCGGCAGUCCUGCCCAUGCAACUGGGUUGAAAUAUCGACAGAUAAAAUCAGUAAUCGUGGUUUGUACACUUUCAAUCCAAUCUAAUCCAUCAGCCUGUAUGCGUCCAUUGCUGGAUAUAGGCAUUUCCAAGAGCACGUCACCAAACACGGUCCUCCGCCUUCCUCAUCCACCCGCUCCUCGCCAACUUUUUCAGGUCAUUGGUCAAUCUUUCAACACGAGGAUUAUUUGACACAAAUUUGGAUUUUGUUUGCUUGGUAGGGCGCUUCGUAUUGGCAAAAAGAACUUAUUUUGUAUGGCACGCCAAAUCUAGCGUACUCUGUAAAAUAGUAUUAUUAUAAUAUCUUAUAUUACGUAUAGAACAGAUUUGUUCCAGCAACUUCGGACAAUCGAUCGAGUAAGAUCAAGUACAGUCAUGAUAAGUACUUGGGAUGUUAAAUAUGGUCACUUGCCUUUAACCUCUUGAUUUUAAAGAAAAUAUAUUUUGUAUAAUCCAAUCAAAUGAAAUGUAUUUAUUUAAUUCAAAAUUAUUUUGAAUACUGAACAAAGUCAACACCAAAACUAUUAACUUCGAACAAAUUGAAAGAAUACCUAAUCAUAAUGUGAUAGUAAUAUGAAGUUUAGGUAGUAGGUAAUUUUUAUUAUCGCACUAGUGCAGUAAUGAACAUUACUUCGCCUGUGGCUCGGACUGUCAUUUUUAACAUAUUGUGCUUGCAACAUUUUAAAUAACUUUUACUUGUAUUAUACUGAUUUUAUUAUGGCAUUUGUGGCAUAAAUACUGUUUGGGCCAUUAUAAUUUUAUGACAAUCUUUAUGGCAUGAAUUUCUUGUGAUUUUGUCUACGAUUUUAACUAUUAAUAAAUGUAUUUUAUUGAA